CUCUCCUCAUUCAUAGCUCAUUCUAAGUAUUUAUUUCAUCAGAAUUUAAAAUUGUUAUGUUAUCCGAUUAAUAAGGCGUCACUCCAAAAAGCAACAACCCGAAAUAUUUUACAAAAACAGUGUAGGAGGAUUAGAACUUUAACACUGUGUGUUAAAAAGUCGAAAUGGGUGAAAAUGAAAAUCUUAUGGAAAUGGGGCAAGUCCCUCAACAACAAGAAAAAUAUGAUCUGAUGCUAUUUUUCAAACUUUUUCGAAAAAUAAUCACCGUUUGUAAUGAGAAGAAAAUAGACGACAGUAAAAUAGAAUCGCUGAAAUUGUACUUCGUUUCAUCAACUUCAUCAAAUAGUCGUCAAUUCAUCGAAACCUUGAAUUUUUUAAAAACCAAAGAGGCAAAGCUAGCUAAAAGCAACCUCAAGAACAAGAUUCGAGCAGAACUAUUAAAAGUGUCGUUUGAACUAUGUAGACAAAAUGGGGGCGAUGUAUACGAUUUAUGUUUUUUUGCUGCGGCUAUUUGCAAUAAAGAAGUUCUAAAAGAAAAAAUUAGCAGCUGCAGUCGUGAACUACUUAAUACGCCCAGAUAUUCUGAUUCGAUUUUAACUUAUACCCUAAAACAUGCUAACAUUUUCGAGGAAAAUUUUUUUGAUUGCGUAGAUCUUUUGCUAGAAGCGGGCAUUGACAUAAAUAAACCCGACUUCAACGGAGCCACAGCUGUGGAACAUGUUGCCUUUCUGUACAAGAGAAAUAAUUGUCAAGAAGAGAUUAAAAGAAAACUUGAGCAGCUCAUCGAUAAACUCAAACAAAAGGGUAUAUUGUGGGAACUUUUGAAAGAAGAAACGAGACAGCUCAUGGAAAUGCCAACUGAAUCCGAGCAACAUGAGUAUAGUGAUGAUGAUACGAUUAAUCAGCUUUUUUGUUGGAUAGGUAAAGAGAAAAUUGAAGAGUUUUUGAAGUUUAAGAACAUAUGUCAGUUCGUCGACUGUGAUAACGGAGAAAGUACGCUGCUACAGUUCGCUUGUAAAAAGUCUGGCAAAAUGCAUGCUGUAGUAAAAUUUCUUCUGGAACAGGGUGCAAACCCGAACAAAGUCACCGAGAUAUACACAAUGAAACCUCUAGAAAUAGCAGUUCGAAAAAAAAAACACGAACGAAGCUUCAAAGAAAUCCUGAAGAACAAAAAGCUAGAAAUAACAGAAGAAAUGUUCAGUCACUUUGCAAAGUGGUAUCCAGCACACGUGAAACGAAAGCAUUUCGAAAUGUUUUUAGAAUCGGACAAGCUGGAAGCAAAGUUUAUUUGCCAAAAAACCGGAAACACGCCUCUUCAUUAUGCCGUACGUUUUACCCACAAGAAAGCAAUCCAAAAACUACUCAAACAGCCGGAGAAUGUGUUGGACGUUAUAAAUGAAGCUGGUAAGGAUGUUCUAGACACGAUCAGAGUUGACGAUCUUAAGGCACAUUUUGACGCUUCUUUAGCCUUAGACAACUAUAACGAUUUCGGCUCAGAGAAGUACAAAAUGCAACUCCGCUUCAAAUCAUUGGUAUCAUCUUCAAGUGACGAAAUCAAAAUUAUUUCUAAAAUUGCAAAAAAUAAAAACUUGCGCGAACUGUUGACUCAUCCGUUGCUUCACACGUUUCUUGUGUUGAAAUGGUCCAAAGUCGCUUUUUACCACCGGUUGUUGUUAAUUCUACAAUUUUUUUUAUUCAUCACCUUGAGCCCAUCUUUUUACGCGUUAUGUGAAAUUCCCUCCGGGAUUUUUUGGACGUGUGUUUGCUUAGUCGUUGUUAACUUCGUUAUAAAGAUUCCGUUUAUUGUAGCUCCUUAUUUCCGUGGAAAACGGCAACGUCCUACGCUCUACGAAAUCAUAGAAAUUCUACUUAUGUUAACACUUAUAGGAGCGUUUUUCCAGAUCGCUUGUCGAGCUUUUGCUUUCGUGGAAAUGUCCGUCUUGUUUCUUCUAACAGUCGGCUAUCACCCAAAAAUCGCAAAAUGGUCAGCCAUGUUGAAAAAAGUGUUUCAAACCUUCACUUACUUGAUGUUAUUUUUCUCCCUAAUAUUGGCAGCCUUUGCGGUUUCCUUUCUUCUGCUCUUCAAUGAGGAAGGGUUCUUUGAAAACUUCUGGACGUCGCUUUUCGUGACUUACAUUAUGACCACCGGCGAGCUCAACAUGAACGAAAAUUUUGUUUUUUCUACCGCUGGCCAUUAUUUGAUAUUUUUCUUUUUCGCUAUCUUUGUGGCUUUAGUUAUGGUCAAUUUUUGGAUCGGCGUUGCUGUCAGCGACAUAAGUAGCAUCGAAAAGCACGCUGAGAUUAAUGCUUUCAAAAACGUCAUCACUUUCUUGGAGUUUGUUGAAAAACAAUUUCGGAGCAGAGGACUGACACGAUUUUUGCGUUUACCGAAUCCAUUACUAUUUUUUUUCGACGACAAGAAUAAAUAUAAUGUUAACUUUUACGUAAACGCUAAGGAACAGUUCAAAAAUCCUGAAAAUUCGAAGAAACAGUCCGGAGAUUGUGAAGGUUUACCAGAGAAUGUGGGCUCGGAAUGUUUAGAUAAAAUUAAACGGUUUUUUUCUGAACAAACGGAGAGAUCAAAUGACAAAUUUAUUAAUAGACUAGAACAACAGGAGAAAAUGCUGCUUGAAAUACAAAGCUCAAUAAAUUCGCUCAAAGAACAUAUCUUUCAAAAGGAAAACAAGAAAAAUCGAAAAGAAUGUUGAUUACAUUACUUAAUUUUUGUAAGUGAUUGUAUGAAAACUGUGCGAACUGAAGAAAGAAAUAUUUCAAAAUAGUUUUGCAGUAAUUCUUGAAGAUGGCAUUGGAUACUCCUCUGUAUGCCACAAUAUGUUUAAUUUAUUUUCUUCUGUCAAAAUAUAGCUUGUUCUAUUUCUUUUUUGAUCAACACACAGCUCUUAUUAUUAAUUGUUUUUUUAUUGUAAAAAUUUUGGAAUAAAACUACUGAAUAGUUUUGACCAGUCUCCUUUAUUUGCCCUUACAAAAAUAAAGUUCAAACAAACAACUAAUAAGAAGAAACAAAGACAAUAAGACACUAAGGUGAGAAAAAUUACAAAAAAAUACAACUCGCACAAUGAACUCACCGAAAAACCACUUCAAAACCUAGACAGUAGUAAAGUUUUGUCCAAAAUUUUGCAGUCAAGCAACUUGAUACAAAACAACGUAAUAAAUCAGACGCAUGCAGUCGUUUGUUCGGUAAAUUCAUUCCCUACAUAGAAAAUCCUCUCCGUACAAUUAGGCUUACAAAAAUCUGAUCCAAAAUACACACUGUUCAACUACCGUCAUUACAAACGGCGAGAAUUUUCUACGUUCUAACUUCAAUUAAGAUUUAUCAAACUUCCAAACUUGCUCUGCUGAUACAUUCAGUUUUGGAAGUUGGACAAUCUGUCUGGUCAAUACUAAAUCUCUUUUCUCAAAACAAUGUGUAAUAAGUAUUUACAAUUUCUAAGAUAGGUAGUUUUUGGACGAAUAAGUUUGGCGAACAAUUCCAGGACAGGCAAGAUGAUUUCCCGAAGGACCAGGACGCUGACUGUUGUAGGUGCAUUUUCUCUGAACGCCUUGAAACAGAUUUCCGAUAUCUUCAGGAUGGUCCAUCCACUGAUUGCCAGGGCUGCGGAGUAGAUGGCCUAUUUUUAGCACUUUGCUCCUAGUUUGUCACUGAAAAAGUGUAAACUUAAGAUAAUAGCACUAACAGAUUUACUAUUAUUAUUAAAAAAAGUAAACAAAAAAAA